AGCUACUGCUGCGGGCAGUAAUGGAGUGUUACUAAAAACUCCGGAAGCCUUUUUACAUUUACCAAUUUUGCACCGAAGCACCGAAAUGACGUUUGACUGGAGUUUAUAUUAGCUCCAUGUUUUGAUACUGAUAGUUUGGUCUUUUCUGAAAUGUCAGCAGAGUACUGUGCAUAUUGUAUAAAUGUCGCGUCCUGGAUAGUGGGUGUUGUCAGUUGGAUCUCACGCCUUGGGGGGAAUAGUCAUUCGGUUAGAUCAUCAGCCUUUUGGGGCCAAUGAAUCAAACAUAUCACUGUAGAAUACUCUCAUAGCCUGUUGCGAGUCGGUAGGGACAGUGCUGUGCGGCGAUUUCUGUGGAACAUGGAUUCGUUCUGGAUUAUACGAUUAGUGGUAUUAAUCACGACUUCCCAGUGCCUCGCGCUAAUUCAGUCCCCACCACAAAUCAUUAAACAACCGCCAACAGAUGAGCUACUAUUUCAGGUAGCUCAACAACAAAAUGAAAAUGAUAAGCCUUUCAUCAUAGAGUGUGAAGCUGAAGGUGAACCAGCACCUAAGUAUCGAUGGAUCAAGAAUGGAAAACAUUUCAACUGGCAGGCUUAUGAUAAUAGAAUCUCACAGCAGCCUGGAAGGGGCACCCUGGUUAUAACAUCACCCAGAGAUGAAGAUCUAGGUCAGUAUCAGUGCUUCGCUGAGAAUGAAUGGGGCACAGCUACAUCAAACUCAGUUUUUGUGCGGAAAGCAGAGCUUAAUUCUUUUAAAGACGAGCCACCAAUUUCUGUUACUGCGCAGGAGGGAGACCCUUUUAAACUCACCUGCCAUCCUCCUGAUGGAUGGCCAAAACCAAAUGUAUAUUGGCUGAUACAGAAUAAUGAUGGUGGUAUUAAAAGCAUCAAUAACUCUCGUAUGACUCUUGACCCAGAAGGAAACCUGUGGUUUUCAAAUGUGACACGUCAGGAUGCAAGUGAUGACUUCAUGUAUGCUUGUGCUGCAACAUCAUUUUUCAGGAAUGAAUACAAAUUAGGAAAUCGUGUCAUGCUGAAUGUGGAACUGACGGGCUCUUCAGCUGCCCAGAACAGGCACCCUCCAGUGAAGCAGUAUGUGACAAGAAAGAAUGAGGUGGCUUUCAGAGGGAAGAAAGUUGAAAUGUAUUGUAUAUUUGGUGGAACGCCUCUGCCCCAAAUAGUCUGGAGUAAAGAUGGCAGAUCCAUCCAGCCGUCAGACAGAAUAACACAAGGCAAUUAUGGAAAGAGCUUAGUAAUAAAACAUGUAAAUUACAAUGAUUCAGGUGCAUACACCUGUGAGGCUAGUAAUGGUGUUGGUGGUGCCCAGUCAUAUUCCAUAAAUCUACAAGUUAUGGCUGCACCAUAUUUCACUGUUGAGCCAGAAAUUAUCAAUGCAGCGGAAGAUGAAACUGUAACUUUCCGAUGUGAAGCCGAAGGUGUUCCUGAUCCCCAGAUUAAGUGGAUCCACAAUGGGCGACCAAUCAGUGAGGCACCACCAAAUCCACGCCGUAAAGUCACCACAAAUAGCAUUACUAUUGAGAGGCUUUCAAAAAAGGACACUGGCAACUAUGGAUGCAACGCUACCAAUAGUCAUGGCUAUGUGUACAAAGAUGUGUAUGUUAAUGUGUUAGCUUUGCCACCUGAAAUAACUGAGCCACCACGUAGUGAACAGACAGUGGACGGCAGAACGGUAACGCUGUUAUGCAGGACAUUUGGAGCUCCCAAGCCACAGGUGAAAUGGAUACGUAAUGGAAAGGAGCUAACCGGUGGGAGAUACACUACUCUGGACAAUGGGGACCUGGAAAUAAGGGAUGUUAACUAUUCAGAUGGGGGUGACUACACAUGUUAUGCAGAGAACAAAUUUGGUCAUCAGGAAGCAUCAGGAAAACUUACAGUCAAAGAGCACACACGGAUUACCACAGAACCUGAAGACUACGAAGUGGCAGCAGGAAUGUCUGCUACAUUUAGAUGCAAUGCUGUUGCUGAUAAUUCACUUCAGCUGACAGUUGACUGGAUGAAGAAGGGUCAGCUGAUUGAUUUUGAAGCAGAACCACGCUUCAUCCAAUCGUCUGAUACAUCUCUUACCAUAACAAAGGCCAUCGAACUGGAUUCAGGCACUUAUACUUGUGUUGCCCGUACAGAGCUGGAUGAAGCAACAGCUUCUGCUACACUCACGGUUCAAGAUGUGCCAAAUCCUCCAGAAUUGCAGUAUGUAACAUGCAGCAAACGAGAAGCUCGUAUUAACUGGAAGCCAAUGGGUGACAAUCGUGCUCCAAUUUUACGGUAUAUUAUACAGUAUAACACUAGCUUCACUCCUGAUUCGUGGGAAGUAGCUGUGGAUUCUGUUCCUGCUACUGACAUGUCCUAUACGGUUGGUAUGAGUCCUUGGGCAAACUACACUUUCCGAGUGAUAGCUGUAAACAAGAUUGGUCAGUCACAAGCUUCACAACACUCCCUGAUGUGUUCGACACCACCUGAUGUCCCCUACAAGAAUCCAGAUAAUGUGGAAGGGAAGGGAACAGACCCAAGCAAUAUAGUCAUUAGUUGGACACCAAUGCCUGAGAUUGAACAUAAUGCACCAGGCUUUUCAUACCGUGUGUAUUGGAGACGCAAUAUUGAUGGAACACAGUGGACUUCCAGAGACAUAACAGACUGGCAGCAAUCACAGUUUGAAGUGACAGGACAGCCAACUUUCCAAGAAUACCGUAUUAAGGUUGUUGCCAUCAAUGAAAUGGGAGAAUCAAAUGUCUCCCCUCGGGAGGUCAUUGGGUACUCUGGAGAAGAUGUUCCAACCAUGGCUCCACAGAACUUCACAGUUGAAAAUGUGCAUGAUAGCACUAGUGCCUUACUUAGCUGGAUGCCUGUUCCACCAGAGUCAGUGCGUGGGCACUUCAAGGGGUAUAAGAUUCAGACAUGGACCGAGCGAGAUGGAGAAUCAGCAAUGCGAGAAAUUCAGGUGAAAGGAGAAUCGACACGAACUCUUGUUACCAAAUUUGUGCCACAUUCGAAAAACUAUGCUCGUGUGUUGGUUUACAAUGGCAGGUACAAUGGACCACCAAGUGACACACUUACAUUUCAGACACCCGAAGGAGUUCCAGGGACAGUACAGUAUUUUGAGGCAGUUCCAAUGGGUUCCUCAGCAUUUUAUCUCAUUUGGAAGAAACCUGAACAACCAAAUGGCAUUCUUACAGGCUAUCGAAUUUAUUAUCAGACUGUAGUUGGUACAAAAGUUGGUCCUCUGAUGGAGCGUGAACCUCCAGUCAGAGAUCCAAAGCAGACACGGGCAAAGCUAGCAGGUUUGGAACCAAAUACUAAGUAUCGGCUGCAUAUACGUGCAACAACUGCAGCAGGUGAGGGUGAAGAUUACUUUCUGGAACAGCGUACCAGAGGUCCAGCAGACAUCACACCAGGUGUGCCUCGCUUUACAUGGACUCGAUUACCUUCAGAUAAUGGUUAUGCUUCUGUCCGUGUGAAUUGGGUGCCUGAUAUAGCUGACGGACGACCUGGAUCUCAUUUCUUUGUUAAAUAUAGGCAAAAGGGUGAGACAAUGUUCCAGGAAACCAGCAGAGAGAUGAAUGAAGAUUAUUUAAUUGUAAGAGGCCUAAUACCAGGAGAAAUAUAUGAGUUUGUUGUGGUUUCUGUCGAUGGAGAGCGUCAGACAGAGAGUGAACCAGAAGAGGUGGAGACAUACACUGUUGAAGGUCCAAUCAUCCAGCCUAAGGAAAAUGUGGCUACAGCAGGAUGGUUCAUUGGAAUGAUGCUGGCAAUUGCUUUCCUAUUGCUAGUAUUGGUCAUUGUAUGUAUAAUAAAGCGGAAUCGUGGCGGAAAGUAUGCUGUUCAUGAGAGGGAAGCAGCACAUGGGCGCAGUGAUUAUCCGGAUGAACCAGGCUUCCAUGAGUAUUCACAGCCGCUUGAUAACAAGUCACAUGGUCGUGGAUCAACUGCCAGUGAUCAGAAAGCUGCACCAGAAAGUGAUACGGAUUCAAUGGCGGAGUAUGGUGAUGGUGAUACAGGUAAAUUCACAGAGGAUGGUUCAUUCAUUGGACAGUAUGGACCAGGAAAACGAAGACCAGAAGAUCAACCAACACCAGCGGGUGUGGGAGCAGCUGCCACAUAUGUUUAGCCCUGUUGUGGGCUAAUUCUUCAAGAUCUACUUUGCUGUUCAAUGGGACGUACAGAAUAAACGAAAAUGCAUUUUUCAGUGUGACCGCUUGUGCAGCGUGUGACUGAGAGGUACCACUCGAUGACUAAAUGGAGUGUGGGCAACUUUGAAGCUCCCUCCUGCUGUUGCAUUUGCCACGGUUUUUUGUGCUUCGAGAGUGGUAGUAUAGGUGUUAUUUCAAAAUAUUAAAUAUUAUGAACUGUGUUUUCUAUACAAGAAAUGUCCCUUCUGUUUGCACUUCCUUCUUACUCUUGAAGUACUGCAACAGCUGUUUACUUUCUUGUUAAUGUACAGUCCAGAUUAUCAGUAUGUUAGAAAAUUGUUGUGAAUGGGCUACGAAGACUGCUAUAGUGCGCUGACAUUUUCUUCAUUAUGUGAGAAAAACACAGAAUCUUGACUUCAUAUCUGCAUUUAAAAAUGUGGUCGCUUCCUGCAGCUGCCACAUAAAACUGUAUCAGAGAAAUAUGUUUUUACAUAUUUAUUUGUCAUCCUAGCCAGCUACCUAAUUGUUACUGAGUUGGACACGGUUUUCUAUGCAAUUCUGAAUCUGGUGGCUGGUCAGUGUCAUGGGACGAAUGUGAACUGAAGUGUGAAGUAAGAUGGCAGGUUGAAGAAAGUGGUGGUGCUCUUGUAGCCCACCAGUUUGUCUCGUGAUACAGUUGUUACAUAUUUAGUGUGUGCAUGUUGAUGUCUACUAGCUGGUGCUGUAUGUACCACGCUAUAAAUUAAAGUGCAUUAAUAUUCCUGGCUGUGUCAGAUGUUGCACCACUGUUAGGUAUGUUGCAUUGUGAACUGUUGGUUUACUGAUAGGUCAAAAAGUGGAAGGGUUACUUAUAAAAUGUGAUUCCAUGACCAUGUCCAUGGGCAGUGAUACGGAGUGUUAAGCCCUAAUUAUGCUUUUUUUUCUUUGUAAAAAAGAGAGCUAUAAUUGUAUGUUUCCUAAAAGACCAUUAUACAUCGGCAUAAUGUGAAGGCUUAUAAAUGUAAUUUGAUGAUGUCUUGUUCUGACAUGGUGUGCCUGAUGUUGAAGCUUAGGUUAAAAAAUACAUUAAAAAAUGAGGUUAUUUCAAGCACGAGACAGGUUGGUGGCCUACUUGAUGUUAAUUGAAUAAUAUAAAUGUUGUUAUUCGCUGAGAUGUUUUUGCUUCUGUAAAGGUUGUUUAUUUUUGCACUAUUAUUACUUGCGUAAGCACAGUUGCACGAUAGAUAAGGUGGCAGCUUUGUCGGUUGUGUGAGUAGUUCGCAUGCUUGCAAAAUAACUCUGUUGCUUAUUGGAAUUUCACACUUUAUAUCUUUGUUAUAUUUGUAGUAUACUCAAUUAUUGCUGACCAUCUUCAGCAGCAACAACACUUAUGCUGUUGUACUGCAGUAUAUAAGCUCAGUGCUGAAAUUACUGAUCUCUUGCCUUUGAGUUUCCAAUUUUUAAUCUCCAACACCAUUGUUUGUGUACAGUGGGUUUGAUUGUACAGACACCUGAAAGAAAUUUCAAUGUGCAGAAUAUGAAUCUCAUAAACCAUCUUUGAUAUAAUUGCACCACAUUGUCUUGUAACAGAAAGUUGAUUUAAGAACUAUUGUAGUGGGGAAGUUUAUAUUAAUUUCCCAUAUAAGAAGAGACCUUUAUUAUUUUUCUCUUGUAUUUUUGUAUGCUUGCAGAUGAUUUUGAAUAUGCAGCAUUAUUUUUUUAAAGUGUACUGAAAUUGCAGCCAUAUGUUGGUAUUGUAGCAGCUGCAAUAGUUUCUUUGACACUCCGAAAGUAUUGCACAAUUCUUGUUACGUGGUAACAGUGAAAAUUAAGUAAUAUUUUUGUAUUUGCAGAGCAUCCAUGUCCAUUGCAAUCCUUUAGCUGUGUGACAUAAAUAUAAUUACUGAUUUAACUGCUAAUGCUUUCUUCAACUCAGCAUUUAGCAUCUAAUGAUUGAAAAUGCUUCUGGCUGUCAUUACUGUGGUUCAAACAGUUUCAAAUAUCUAACUUGGUGUGUUUUAUUUGAUUAAAAUUUAACAUUAUAAGUUAGUCAGUUGUAAAUAUUUAUGUCAUUACAGCACCAGUAUAAACCUACAUUAUAUGUAGACAAUGGGAUUGCGUUUCAGAAUACUUAAUUAUGUAAGGUAAUGGAUCUGUUGUGGGGUGGUAUCUCCUGAUGACACUGACAGGAGACCUUGUGAACUAACUAAUGAUCUGUUCUGUUCUAAGUAUUAUUAAUAAUUUCUAUAAGUUAUUUUAAUUUUUUAUGAUAGUUGCCAGGCAACUGUAAAGUCAUCAUUCCCAGCUUAACACCCACUCUGAGUGAAAUUAUUUUAUAUGUGUAUUUUUAUUUUAUUUUUGUCUACAGCCACAAAUAUUAAAUACAAAAUGAGGAAAAAAAAAA